AUGCUCAACGGGGAGGACCCACGCUUUGUAGGGAGCCGGAAUUCGGACCAAACAUGCGAAUAUGGAAUAGCAUAUCCCGACUACGCGAGCGACGAAGACGCAGAAGGCAGCGAUGAUCCGGACUAUAAGGAACCCUCGACGACCCAUUCAAGACAUGCCUCCUAUCGGUCAUCUGUGCAAUCUUUCCCCGAGGAUGCCUCUACAAAAACCAAACAAAGUGAAGAGAAACAAGAUUUGAGGAAGGAAUAUGUCUCUUCUGAAGCGUUUGAAAGGCCUACGAAGGAGUCCGAAGAGGCUUCCCAUCCCCGAACUCUGGCUCCUGCCACAUCGUGGCGGACCCGACCACGUUCCAGUUCAGCGCCCAGAAAAUUAGUGAUAUACAAACCAGAAUCACAGACGACGGCUAGUAAUCGUAGACUGUUCACUCUUCAGCAGCGCCUCCUUCAAAAGCAUUACAACUGGCAAACCUACUCUGAUGCGUAUGAAAAGGCAUCCCAGAUCACAAAAUAUGAACGGGAGCAUGACGCCAACUCGAAACCCGUAGAGACCUCGUCUGACGCCAAUAAUGACGAAGCACAAAGUGAUACCGAAUUCAGAACACAGUACGGUCUCAUAGACGGGCAAUGGUACACUCUAGUUCUCCCACAAAUAAAACUGCCUUUUACGAUCGCUGAGCUCAAGCAAGUUUUGCAGAAUGGGUCCAGAGCCAUCGACUUGUUUCCCUACUGGAGCGUUUCUGAUCGCAGUUCCCGAGUCAACGAAGGAGCCACAAAGUCUGAAACGACAAUUGUGGCAGGAACAGUGGCCAAGAAGCCGCCCAAGUAUAUUUGUUACGCAGCCCACAGGCUCACCCCAGUUGGGUGGAUAAACGUAUCCAUCUGCAAUUCCAGAUUCGUGGUGUUCGACACCUUUACGCGACACCUCAAGGAGAAUCACUUGUGUAUCCAACGUGGAACGAGCGUUGAGGAUUGGAUUAACCGUGCGUUUCUUUUUGAAAUUGUCUAUUAA